AUUAAUUAUUUUUUAAAUUGACACAUUACAUUACAUUAUUUUCCAUUACAUUACAUUACACUCACUGAGUGUAAUUUUCCAUUACAUUGUACUAAUUAAUUUUUCAUUAAUUAAUACACUGUCUGUGCUAAUGUGUAAUUUUCCAUUACACAUUAUUUUCCAUUACAUUACACAAUUAAUCACACUUACAUUACAUUGAGAUUAUUUUCCAUUUAUUAAAUUUGUUGUGUAGAAAAUGACAUCAUCGGAAAGUAAUAGAAAAGAUCCGGCAUGGCAACAUGCCCAUUUGGUAGAGGAGAAUAAUUUAAACAAGUUUGAGUGUAAUUUUUGUAGUAAAGUAUCAAAUGGAGGUGUUUGUCGGGUGAAACAACACCUCGCGAGAGGUUAUAGGAAUGUCACUGCUUGCCCGAAAUGUCCAGCUCACGUAAGAGAAGAGAUUAGAGAGUUCAUGUCAAAAAAGAAGACACAAAAAGAAGAAAUGAAUAUGCUGCCUGAUUUUGAUGACAUGGACAUGGAAGAUGAAGAUGAAGAUGAAGAUGAAGAUGUUGAGAUCAAUGUCAAUCAACGCCGUAAGUUGGCAAGUAGCAGCCAAAGUUCAUCCAAAUCCAAAACUAAUUUAAAAAUGCUAAAGAGAAAAGGGCCUAUGGAUGUUUACUUCACAUCCAAUCCUGAAUCAAUGGUGAAAAAUCGAAGAGACCAAGCAAAAAGGAAGCAAACCAAAAUUGAUGCGAAUGACCCUUACAAAAAAGAAAUGAGAGCUCGGGCAGUGCAAAGAUUUGCUAGAUGGAUGUAUGAUACUGGUAUCCCUUUUAAUGCAAUAAAUUAUGAGAGUUUUGGACCAAUGAUUGAAGCUAUUGGGCAAUAUGGUCCCAGUAUGAAGCCACCAACUUACCAUGAAGUGCGAGUUACCCAACUCAAAAAAGAGGUGAAACAUACUGAAGAUUUGAUGAAGAAUCAUAAAGAACAUUGUGCAAAAUACGGGUGUUCCAUAAUGGCUGAUGGCUGGACUGACAAGGGAGGAAGGACAUUGAUUAACUUUUUAGCAAAUUGUCCAAGAGGAACCAUGUUUGUUGAGUCGGUUGAUACUUCUAGCUAUUCAAAGGAUGGGCAGAAGUUAUUUGAAUUACUAGACAAGUUUGUGGAGAAAGUUGGAAAAGAGAAUGUGGUGCAAGUUAUCACUGAUAGUGCUGCAACUAAUGUGUUGGUGGGUAAGAAUAUUUCCUCAUUCCUUACGUCAAAAUUGUUUACUCGUAGUUUGUUUUUCAUUUAAAAUUUAAAAACUUAAAAAAAAAAUUUCGUAAUUGUUACAUUAUAGGAAGGUUUUUGGAAACCAAGUAUGAACACUUGUAUUGGACAUCAUGUGCUGCUCAUUGCUUGGACUUGAUGUUAGAAGACAUUUUCAAGAUACCUAGACUAAAAAAGACAUUUGAAAGGGGUAUUGCGGUACAUGGCUACAUUUACAACCGGCCUACGUUGCUAAACGUGAUGAGGCGUUAUACAAAUCUGAAGAAUUUGAUCAAGCCUGCAAAAACUAGAUUUGCAACCAUCAUUCUGACUUUGUCUAGGAUGCAUCAACAAAAAAACAAUUUGAGAAAGAUGGUCACCUCAGAAGACUGGACCUCAAGCAAAUGGGCAA